GAUGGACACACCAUUCUUCUGCUGCAAACAGCGCCACAGAAAUCAUCAUGCACUUAUAUCGAGUACCCCACCACAGCAGAAGCCAUUGAUGGGCUGUGUGCUCUCUUUGAGCGGCGGCUCAAGGAGAUGAACCCUGGAGUGAAGAACAUCACAUACGACAUCUCAGAGCUGUACCAGUUCAUGGAGUCUCUGCCCGACCUCACCGCCCUCGU